CCCGCCUGAGACACCACCCCUUUUUUAUUUCAAUCAUAGGCUCGAAAUUUAUUAAAUGGAGUCAGGCGUUGAUUCUGAGGAUGGUGUCGUUGUACAGGCUGUCCCUAUAAUGCAAAACGAUGAAACCAGUACCACGGACACCCUCGAGCAAGAGGCUGAGCCGUCAACUAGAGAAGCAACGCCAUCAGAACGACAUCCCUUGAGAUAUCAUUGGACAUUUUUUUUCGUAAAGAGACAACCGGCCAUAAACCUCGCUGACACAUAUGAAAAAAACAUCAAGAAGAUAGGCGGGUUCGGAACAGUGGAAGAGUUUUGGGCCUUUUACAAUCACUUAGUGAGGCCCAACGACCAGUUGAUAGCGUGUGACUAUCACCUAUUCAAAACUGGUAUCAAGCCGAUGUGGGAGGAUGAGACCAACAGGAAAGGGGGAAAGUUUGCAUUCCGCGUAUCAAAGAAAAGACGCUUGAGUAGCAAGUAUUGGGAGGAUUUGUUGCUCGCACUUGUGGGAGACCAAUUUGGGGAAGAUGGGCAAGACAUCUGCGGAAUAGUCGUCUCGAUUCGAAACACCGAUGAUGUUUUUUCUGUAUGGACUAAAAAUGCUGCCAACAUUGAGCAGAGAGGCAGGCUUGCUGAAAGGAUUAAGCAGCUUCUGGGCCUGCCUCCAAAUCUUUCCCUAGAUUACAAAUCUCACGAUCAGAGCAUAAGAGAAAAUUCCAACUUUCAGUCUCGCGUAGCCAAGUCUGACACAGUUAUAAAAGCCCAAGCAUGAAAAGGAGUAGGUGCAAAAGUGUAAUAACAGAAGAACCUCUAGCACCCUGAAUGUUCUGCAAUCACCACAUUUUUCACUUCGUAUCGACGUAUCGUAGCGAACAAGAUAUGGCCGUUCCCCUUCCAGUUAGACACGGCCCGGCCUGGAGGAUGCUUCAGGCAACAUUCACUGUGUGCACAUUAUAUCACAUUUGAA